GUGGGUAGAUUACUCCUUGAGGUAAUACCACUAAAAAUACCCUUAAAUUAUGUUGGGUUGAUAAUUUUUCUUAAUUUUUUCCUCUUUUCUGCUUUCCAUUCAAAUUCUUUAUAACACCUACAAAAUUUUGAUUCCACAUAUCUAUUUAUGAUUUGUUAGGUUUUCAUUUAAUUAGAUAAUGAUUUUAUCAUUAGUCAAAAGUCUAUUUUGAAUAAAAUCUUAUCUAAUUUAUAAUGUUCUAUUUAUUGUAUUUUCCAUUUAAGAAAAUAUUUCUCCUUUAUGUGAUAAAAAUUUAACAAGAAAUAACACCACAUACCUUAUAACCAGUAUAUAUAUAGACAUAUAAUCAUUAUUACACCAGUCAUUGAAAAGAAAAAUAUCAAACAAAGAAUAUUGAUCAUGGCGAAGUUAUCAUGUUCUUAUUUUCUUGUACUGGUGAUUAUAAUUUUAGCGUUUUUAAUGGUUGAAAGAACUGAGGGAAAGCUAUGUCAAAUAACCAUUAACAAAGAACAGACAUGUAUAAUAUCCUUUUGCAUUCAAGAUUGCUACGCGCUUUACAAUGGCGUUGGACAUUGUUUGGAUGAUCCUAAAAUUCCCGGACAUAAUCUUAACUGUCGCUGUAAAUAUAAUUGUUAAAACGAUAAUUUUUUGAAGAAAAUGUGAUAAAUAUAUUAAAUAAAUGUAAGGUUUCUUGUGUUACAAAAACAUGUAAGGGUUUUUUUAACCGGAAUAAACAUUAUGGAGAAUAAAUGUAAGGUUUAAUUUCUUUAAUCGGAAUAAAAAUUAUGGAAAUUUUAAUUA